GGCGGGGUGGCUGGCGAGGGUGCCCCAGGUGGGUCUGCCCCCCUUCCUGGCCUGCCUCGCUCCCUUUCUCCUCCCCAUCCCAGCCCCAAAGGUGCCCCCCAUCGGCCUUUGCAUUCACCGGGAGGGGAAGAGACCCUGAGCCAGACACAAGAGACUUUCUCAUUGUUCCCUUUCUUGGGGUCGGGAUCCUGGAGCGCCUUCUGCUUCUGCUUCUUCCCACAGAUCUGGCUCCCUUGUUGGUGUUGUGCAGCCCAGGAGGAACCAGGAACCAGGGACCUAAGAGUAGAUCAUGGAGGAUGAAUGGCUGAUUGUGGAUGCUGAUCAGAAACCUGUUUACAAGGAAGCUCACCAGGAAAACUGUGAAAGUCUAGUGGCACUGACAGGGCCUCCAAAUUCCCAACCCAGUGAAAUUUUCUUGAUAGAAGAUGAAGAGGAGCCUUGUAUACCGGAACCAGGGAAUAAGGAAAACAAAAGAAGAGGCAAUUUAUCAGGUGAGGGAUUGGGCAGUGAGGAGGAGGAGGAGAGUGAGGAGGAAGAUGUUCAGCAACAAGACCAUCCCAAGGUGGUAGAGCUGGAUGCCAGCAUGGUCCCAGGGAACUGUAAGAGCCUGCGCUGGAGGGUAGUGCAGCAGGUCGGUGGUGGCAAGGUCCUGACAGGAGACGGUCCACCGAUCAUGGUUCUGCAGAAGGGCUAUGAGUGUGAGGAUUGUGGGAAGGUGUUCAGCUGCAGCUCGCACUACAGCAAGCAUCGCCGCACACACACUGGGGAGCGGCCCUUCCGCUGUGGAGAGUGUGGCAAGAGCUUUAAUGUCAGCUCCAACCUUUACAGGCACCAGCGGGCACAUGCCAAUGCCGGUGCCACGCCUGUAACUCCCGCUCCGUCACUCUUGCCCAGUCGCGGAUUGCCCUACCAGUGUGCCGAAUGUGGCCAGUGUUUCCGUCGCAACACAGAGCUGGUGACCCACCAGCGGCUUCACACCGGACGCCUGCCUUUCCAGUGUGCCGACUGUGGCAAGAGCUUCUCGUGGAGUUCGCACUUUGCCCGACACUUGAGGAUCCAUACUGGCGAGAAGCCCUACCCAUGCAAUGAGUGCGGCAAGAGCUUUAGCCGCAGCUCCCACCUUUACCGACACCAGCGCACACACGGGACCAGCGCUGCAGCCAAUGUCACCCGUGCCUACAUCUGCACCUACUGUGGGCGCAGCUUCAGCACCACUUUGCAUUUUGACCAGCAUCAGCGCACCCACCGGGGCCGCAAACCGUACAAGUGCACCCUCUGUGGGAAAGCUUUUGCUGACGGUUUGGCUUUGGUGAAACACCAGCGUUUGCAUUUGAUUGGAGGUGACCAGAGUCACCAAUGUUCUGAGUGCGGGCAAAGCUUUGGGGGUCAGUCCCAACUGGCCCGCCACCGGCGUCUCCAUGGCACGGCCGACAAGCCGUACGGCUGCGGGGAGUGUGGGCAGAGCUUCAGCUCUCGGGGCCAGCUGGCUCAACACCGCCGGCUCCACAUGUCUGCCGACAAGCCCUACCACUGUGGGGAGUGUGGGCUCAGCUUCACUUGGAGCUCCCAUUGGGAGCGACAUCGGCGCAUCCACACGGGUGAAAGGCCCUAUUCCUGUGGGGACUGUGGGAAGUGCUUUGGGCGCACCUCCCACCUUUACCGGCACCAACGCACCCACGCGGGUGGCCAACCACACGUCUGCCCAGACUGUGGCAAGAGCUUCAACAGCACCUUGCACUUCCAGCGUCAUCAGCACACCCACCAUCUUGACCCAGACAAUGACUCACCCUCUGCCCGCGCUUGUCGGGACUGUGGCAUGCCCUUUGCCGAUGCCUCGGCUCUGCUCAAACACCAGUGUGUUCACGAGGGUGAGAGGCUGUAUCCCUGUCCACAGUGUGGAUGCCACUUCCGUGGCACAUCACAACUUUACCAGCAUCUCCGUACCCACCGGCCAGGGGACACUAUCCUAAUACCAGCUUCCCCGCAAUGUAAGGAAAUUGAACCAUGCUAAAGAGAGAGGAAGCAAUUGGGGGUGGCGGUAGGGGCGGGAGUUUACACCCUGUCUUUGGUUGGCAAGUAGUCAUGGUCCUGACAAAAAUUCCCCAGGUGUAUCCUGGCCUAAUCCAAAGUCCACAGUGGGCUAUUCUUUUUAAAAAUCGCCCAAUAUUUGAUUUCAGUCACUAAGGUGCAAUUUUUGGUUUCUCGGCAGGGAGUUGGACUGGAUGGCCCAUGAGGUCUCUUCCAACUCUAUGAUUCUAUGGUAUACAUACAGAGUAGUAUAAUGACAAGUGAAAUCUCAAGUUUUGUCUUAACUUUUUCAUUAGGCACCUUUGGAUGGAAACAACAUUCUGUCAAACACAACAGUUUUCUCACAACUGCAUCUUCCUGGCCUUGCACAUCUUUUUCCCUGCUUGGUUGAUCUCCUCUUUUGGGAUCCAGGUUGGCUGUGGAGUAUUUCAAGGGGCCUUGUCUCCAUGGCUGCCUUGCCUAGGUAAGAUAAAGGUAAAGGUAAACCCUAAUCCUUUACCUUUACCUUUUGUCUCCAUGGCUGCCUUGCCUAGGAGUUCUUGUAAAUGAUGCCUCUUCUACACAGCUGAAUAAAAUUCCACAUUAUCUGCUUUAAACUGGGAUAUACGGCAGUGUAGACUCAGAUAACCCACUUCAAAGCAGAUAUUGUUGGAUUUUCUUCUGUGAUCUUCUCAAUUAUAUGGCUGUGUGGAAGAGCCCAGAGCAGAGGGCUGCAGAACAGGGUUAUAUGUGUGUCUGAGGAAACUCCUAGGUAGCUGAGAAAAAGAAGGAAAAUAGGCUUUGAAGAUCCAGAUUUUGUGCUUUAAAAAGUUACUUCAAGAAGCUUAAUUUCCAUAACUAAUUCUUAUAGUGAUGUAUGAUUAUUCUUUGGAUUAUUCAACAUACUUAUGGCAAAGAUUACAAUUAGCUGGAACCUGCCUAGUUGAAGGAGUUUAGUGAAUCACUCGCUGCUUUGAAAUGGACUUUGGAUUUGGCCAUGGGGGAGGUAAUAGAUUUAAGUGGGUAGAGUAGAUAGUGGAGUAGGGCAGAAUGGCUUAGUAGGAAGGGGCCAGAUGUUAUGUGGAGCUGGACGGUUCCUGCAGCUCAAGGCUUGGGAUCUCUUCUCACAUCCCCUGUGUACAACCGCACUGGAACAACGGAAGCAAUUUCAUUCCUUAUCUUCUUGUAAAGGGGAAUCCCACUCACUAAAAGCACUUAACUAUUAUACUAUGUCUCAACGCUUAGCAUCUGGCAAAUGUAAUGCUCAAGAGAUGGGGCAAAAUAACUGGAAGAAGGCAGGAAAAGUCUGCAAAACCAUUCUGGUCAUUUUAUGUUUUAAAAAUCUUGCUUUCAUAAGAGAGUCUUAAACGGGUGAAACUGCCCAAACAGAGGUGUAAUGAAAAAUAUGGAAGUGUGUGUUUUCAUCUUUGAAGCCACAUCCCCAAAGUACUACACCAAGAAUACCGGCAUGUUAAUGUGCUCUCCCCAUACCAAUCCCACUGUUGUGAUGACUGGUGUUAAACCUACAGGGAACAAGGAGAUCGGAACCGGCUGGCAAAUGAUUGUGUCUUCGGCUCCAUCUACACUAGUGGUUCCCAAUCUUUGGGCUUCUAGGUGUUUUGGACUCCAACUCCCAGAAAUCCCAGCCAGCUUACCAGCUGGGUUGUUGUAUGUUUUCCGGGCUGUACGGCCAUGUUCUAGAAGUAUUCUCUCCUGACGUUUCGCCCACAUCUAUGGCAGGCAUCCUCAGGGGUUUUGAGGUAUGGAGAAACUAAGCAAGGAAGGCAUAUAUAUCUGUGCAAAGUCCAGGGUGAGAGAAGAACUCUAGUCAGUUGGAGGCCAGUGUGAAUGUUGUAGUUAAACACCUUAAUUAGCAUUGAAUAGCUUCAUCUCCUGGCUUCUUCCUGCCUGGGGGCAUCCUUUGUUCAGAGUCGUUAGCUGCCCCUGGUUCCCAUGUCUGGAACUUCCUUACCAGCUGUUAGGAAGUGUGGAGCUGAAGUCCAAAACACCUGGAGGCCCAAAGGUUGGGAACCACUGAUCUACACUGACCAUUUAAUUCAGUUCGAAGCUAGCUUCAAUUGUGACAUCCAGACAACAAAUGCCCAUAAUACCUUCCAAAAGAAAGCUCUUAAUGUGCAUCAGUGCUCUGUGCUUUGUGUAAUCACCCUCCGGGCUUCAAACUGGUUCCAAGAUUUCUUAUGAAAUCAUCUACACAGUGAAACCAAAUACUGUUUUGAAACUGCAUUAAGGGAUCAGUGAAAAUAAGGCCUUCCUUAAGGUUUAGAAAGCCUCGGUGCUCUGAUUGUUUGAGACCUGGCUUCACUGAACCCUUGCACACAUUUCACAUCGUUCUUAUUUAGAGAAUAGGUGCACCACCCCUGUUUUCUUUCCGUAUAGCACUUCAUGCUUCUCUUCCCACCUUUUUUGUGGUAUGGUUAGUACUAUAAGUUUGUACCAAACUGCCCACAUAUGUGAGAAAUACGGUUUCGACAUUUUCAUAGAAACCUAGAGUUGGAAGAGACCCCAAGGGCCAUCCAGUCUAACCCCAUUCUGCCAGGCAGGGGCAGAAUCAAAGCACUCCCAACAGAUGGCCAUUCAGCCUCUGUUUAAAAACCUCCAGAGAAGGAGACUCCCCUCUCCCAGGCAACAUAUUCCACUGCUGAAAAGCUCUUACCGUCAGGAGGAUCUUCCCAGUGUUUCCCAAAGGAGGCAGGCGAAUUGACCCAGGGAACUCAAACACUUCAGUGGAGUCCUGGGAGUUAUAGUUUUACAAGGUCUUUAGCCUUCUCCUCCAAAGAGUGCUGUGGCUCACCAAACUACAAAUCCCUGGCUUCUAUAGCAUUGAGACAUGCCAGUUAAAGUGGUGUGAAAUUGCAUUAAUUAUACAGUGCAGAUGCACCCUAUGUUCCCAUCUUCUUCCAGGAGUGCAGCUAGACCAGGCAUGGGCAAACAUCAGCCCUCCAAGUAUUUUGGACUUCAACUCCCACAAUUCCUAUUAGCUUCAGGCCUUUUCCCCUCAGCAACUUAAGUGAAAAGGACAGGGUCUAAGGCUGUUAGGAACUGUGGGAGUUGAAGUCCAAAACCCCUGGAAGGGCAAAGUUUGCCCAUGCCUGAGCUAGACAGAUACUGAGCAUCUUCAGGAUGGAGACAGAACACCUCAAAUUAUGUUAGAUUUUAGAAUUGUUUACCUUAAGGUAGCUAUAUCCUCUCAUGUAGGAAUAGCACAUCAGUUGCAACUACUGUGAAAAAAAAUAAACAAAAAGCGGUUGCUUUGUAAAAUAAAACCUCUGGUGGAUUAACAAGAAUUUGGUGGUAGAUGGUCCUGAAAAAUUACUUGCCUUUCUGAUCCAGCCAUGCUGAAAGUGAGCAGGAAUUUGUAUGUGUUUGUGAAUUAAAUAGACUAGGGGAAAUUAAAAAAAUAAAUACAAUAAAAUCUU